AACAAAAUUAGACAAGAAAAAAAUAAGUAAAAGCGGAGAGGAGAGGGUCAAUUGACGUAUGCGCAUAAUCAUUUCCCGCUGCAAUGGCGGUGGGGGAUAUCCUAAUCUGCGCCGGACUGGUGGUUUUUUUUUUUUUUUUUUUUGCUUCGUUUCUUCUCAUACAAGUUCCGGGCCGGAUCCAAAACAUGCAUCAAUUGGUGGGUGGGAUGCCCGUAAAGCUGGCGGCUAGAGCGUCGCGAGACAGAAAGCAAAGGAAAGGCGAGGAAACAGAAAAUGGCAUGAGGGGAAAUUGGAUUGGACAGCGGCCAGGAUCAAGUUACGAGUAAUUGCCCGAAAAUGGGACAAGCACCAGCAUAGAGGCAAACUAUUAAUCAUAGCAUCAAGCAAGGCACAG